AUGUCUGAAACUGUUACUUUGAACAACGGCUUGACCAUGCCCCUGGUGGGUCUUGGCUGCUGGAAAAUUUCCCCAGAUAUAUGUGCUGAGCAGGUCUACGAGGCCAUCAAGCUCGGGUACCGUUUGUUCGAUGGUGCUUGUGACUACGGUAACGAGAAGCAGGUUGGCGACGGGAUCAGAAGGGCCAUUGACGAGGGGAUCGUCAAGCGUGAGGACCUUUUCGUCGUGUCAAAGUUGUGGAACACCUAUCACGACCCAAAGCACGUCAAGUUGGCAUUGCAGAGAACUCUUGAUGACAUGAAAUUGGAAUACUUGGAUCUUUACUACAUUCACUUCCCAUUGGCAUUCAAAUUUGUGCCCUUUGAGGAGAGGUACCCACCUGGGUUUUACACCGGUGCUGAAGAUGCCAAAAAGGGAAUUCUGACAGAGGAGAAAGUGGCCCUGAUAGACACUUACAGGGCAAUGGAGGAAUUGGUCGACGAAGGGUUGACCAAGUCCAUUGGGAUCUCAAACUACGCCGGUGCACUGGUCCAGGACACUCUUCGUGGGUGCAGAAUCAAACCUGUAUGUCUGCAGAUUGAACACCAUCCAUACCUAACACAAGAAAAGCUAGUUGAGUACUGUAAGUUGAACGGGAUCCAGGUGGUUGCCUACUCCUCAUUUGGACCUCAAAGCUUUGUGGAUAUAGACCAAAAGUUGGCAAAGCAUACUCCACCUUUGUUCGACCACCCGGUGAUCAAGAAGAUUGCACAAGAACAUAAAGUCACGACCUCCCAAGUGAUUUUGAGAUGGGCCACCCAGAGAGGGAUCGCAGUUAUUCCAAAGUCAGCCCACAAGGGCAGACUGUUGGGUAAUUUGCAAAUCGAUCAGGCUGUCACAUUGACACCAAAGGAUCUGGAAGAAAUUUCCUCGUUGAAUAAAAACCUUAGAUUCAACGAUACCUGGGACUGGACGAUCUCUAAGUUCCCAAGUUUCCACUAA